CCACACACUUUUCACUGCACCCAAUCUUCCCGGGACAAAGCUCGUUUCUUUUCCCUCUCCACGUUUAUCAUUCGAGGCAACAGAGGGAAUGCAACGCGCCGGAAAGAAUCCCAACCACUGGAGACGAUUAUGGAUGAACAAUAUCAGUUUAUGCAGUUACAGCACUUUAUAUUUAUUGCUUUUAAGUCUGGAACUAAAGAGCACCGUGUCAGCGGACUCAGACACGUUUACGUUUUUCCAUGACGGUGCGAAGGACUGCCUGGGCGUGCGGGACGGCGUCCUCCACAUGUCCAUCAACUGCGAGGACGAGGGCGUGCAGUGGAAGUGGGUGUCGCGGAGCCGCCUGUUCAACGUGGGCUCGUCGCUGUGCCUGGGCCUCACGGUGGGCAACUACAGCCGCGGGCCCGGCACCGGGGAGCGCACGCCGCUGGGCGUCUACACGUGCGACCGGGAGCCGCCGCGCGUGCGCUGGACCUGGUACUGUGCUCAGGUGCUGGAGAGCCUGGACACCUACCUGCCCGCCUCCGCGCUGCUCGGCAACGCCACUGCUGACGUCAAAGGGUCCUGGAGACUCCACGGCGACGACCAAGAUCUCUGCUCCUGGCGCGCCCAAGAGAUCUACACCAUUCAGGGGAACUCUCAUGGCCGGCCGUGCUUCCUGCCCUUCCUGUACGAUGGCCAGUGGUUCCACAGCUGCACCAGCGUGGGCCGGGAGGACGGUCACCUGUGGUGCGCCACCACCUUCGACUACGGCAAGGACGAGCGCUGGGGCUUCUGCCCCGUCAAGAGUCACGACUGCGAGACGUUCUGGGACACGGACUCGCUGGGAAACGGACACAACUGCUACCAGUUCAACGUCCACUCCACGCUGUCCUGGAGCGAGGCCCGCAUCAGCUGCCAGCAGCAGGGAGCAGACCUGCUCAGCAUCACCAAGGUGGAGGAGCAGGGCUACAUCAACGGUCUGCUAAAUGGCUACAGUGCCUCCCUGUGGAUGGGGCUGAAUGACCUGGACCUGAAUGGAGGCUGGCAGUGGGCUGACUCCGCCCCUCUGAAGUACCUCAACUGGGAGCAAGACCAGCCCAACAUGCAGAGUGAGGACGACGUGGAGAACUGCGCCGUGAUCCGCACAGAGACGUCUGGCCGCUGGCAGAACCGCGACUGUUCCAUCGCUCUGCCUUACGUGUGCAAGAAGAGACCCAACGCCACCCUGGACCCCUUCACCACGGACUCCUGGUCAGACGAUGAGGAGUACACGUGUGAGCUGGGCUGGGAGUCCUUCCAGGCGGGCUGCUACAGGAUGAACCGGGACAAGCAGGACUGGCACUCGGCUCAGACCAUCUGCCAGAAGACGGAGGCCAACCUGGUCAGCAUCCACACACUCCCAGAGCUGGAGUUUAUCGUCCACAUGAGGAAAGAGGUGGACGAGCUCUGGCUGGGCCUCCAUGACCAGGGCAUGCAGAUGAACUUCGAGUGGACGGACCGCACGCCGGUCAUCUUCACCCACUGGCAUCCGUUUGAGCCCAACAACUUCCACAACACCCCGGAGGACUGCGUCACCCUCUGGGGCCCUGAGGGCCGCUGGGAUGACAGUCCCUGUAAUCACACCUGGCCCUUCAUCUGUAAGAAGCCUGGACAGAAGGUGGAUGACAAGAAGAAGGAGCAUGGCUGUAAACAGGGUUGGCACUGGCAUAGUCCUGCAUGUGUUUGGGUGGGAGAGCUGCAGGUCCCUUUUGAUGAGGCUAAGAAAACAUGUGCCAGCAAUGAUGCCACACUGUUGACCAUUAGCAACAGGUUUGAGCAGGCGUUUGUGAACAGCCUGAUCUUUGGCCGCUCUGGAGACUACUUCUGGAUGGAUCUGCAGGACCAGGCCAACACUGGCGCCUACCGCUGGGAGGUAGGAGGGCCAGUCUCCUACACCAACUGGAACAGAGACCAGCCCUCUCGAAAAGGAGGCUGUGUCGCCAUGGCAACGGGUCAUGCCACAGGACUAUGGGAAGUGAAGGAUUGUGGGACGAUGAAGGCGAAGUUCAUAUGCCAUCAAAAUAAAAGCCCCGUGCCCAGCCCUGCGCCCCCCGCCCCCCACCCCACCCCCAGUCUGACUGGCAGCUGCCCCAGUGGCUGGAAAUCCUCCAACACACUGCCCCACUGCUACAAGGUGUUUCACUCAGGUGAUGUGGAUAAGCGGUUGACAUGGCAACAGGCUCACACCUUCUGCUCUGGCCAUGGAGCGCACCUACUGAGCGUGAGCGGACCGGAGGAGGAGACCUACAUUGAGCAGAUCCUGCACGAGACCUUCGGUGAAUCUGAGGACCACGAGCAGCACUGGUUCUGGAUCGGUCUUCACCGGCAGAACCCUCUGGACAACGAGAGCUGGAAGUGGAGCGACAGAACCCCUUACAUAUAUCAGAACUUUGCCCGAUAUUACUCUCCCAUGCGCAAGUGCGUGGCGGUGGAUCUAGGCACCAACCACUGGAUGCCAAUGCACUGUGAGUCAGAGCUG